UAUAUAUGUCUGUGCGCAAUCCAUGUAUAAUCUGUAUAAUACAAUAGGUCUAUGCUGUGAGCGUGUUCGAAAAAAAAUUUUUUUAAUUGUUGAAUAUUGUUAGCGCAAUUACAACCAAUACUUCGAGUUUUUGUAUACAAAAGCAAGAUAAAUAUUAAAAAUUGGAGUUGGAGAGCGUGAGAUAAUACAGUUGAAAAAGCAAGCAUUGGUACACACGUGCAUUUAUAACCUCCAAAGAGUUCGUACAAGAUAGAUUGUAGACAAAUUAUAAAUAAAAUGGGUUUGACCAAGCAGUAUCUAAAAUACGUGCCAGCAGGCAACGCUAAUAUUAUUGCGAGCCCUCGAUGCAAUAUUGUCUUUGUAAAUUUAGAUGGUCAAGAAGGUAGAUUUGUAGCUACUGCUGCAUGCGAACAUGUAUAUAUUUGGGAUCUGCGACUUGGAGAGAAGGCACGAGUAUUAUCUGGAGAAAAGGCAUGCGUAACACGUUUGGCUGCGUCGCCUGAUAAAAGGCACAUAGCAGUCGGUUACGUGGAUGGCACGGUAAAAACUUUUAAUUUAAACACCGGCGAAAACAUUAGCAUAUUCGUAGGACAUAAAUCUGAGAUAACAGCCUUAGCAUAUGAUAUGUUAGGACAUAGACUAGCAACUGGUGCCAAGGAUACAGAUAUUAUUGUCUGGGAUAUUGUGGCAGAAACUGGAAUAUGUCGAUUGAGUGGACAUAAAGGUGUUAUAACCAAGUUAGUGUUCAUGAAGGAACAUAACAUUAUUAUCAGCGCUAGCAAAGAUACGUUUGUGAAGUUUUGGGAUCUAGACACAGAACACAACUUCAAAACUCUUGUUGGGCAUAAAUCAGAAGUUUGGAGUCUGGUUUUGAUGAACAACGAUCGAUAUUUAAUAACGGGAUGCAAUGAUGUAGAAUUGCGUGUUUGGAAAAUAACAUUCCUCGAUAACAAGAAUAUUGAAUUGGCUAGUGCUAUUGGUACGUUAGAUAUCAAAGAAGAAAAUGAAGAAAGUGUAGAUACAGAUAUGAAAUAUCCUGUAAAAUGUGAUAAAAUUGGAAGCAUCUUAAGAACAGCGGGCGGCAGAGUUGUUUCAUUAGAAAUUGACUCCACAUGCAAAGUUCUUGGAUGCCAUGGAGUUGGAAAUUCUAUUGAAUUGUUUUAUCUAUUGCCUGAGGACACAGUAAAAGAUAGAUUUGCGAAAAGAUUGAAAAAAGAAAGACGAAAGGCGAAAGAAAAGAAGGAAGAGAAUAAUGCAGAGAAGGAGCUACCAAGUGCACCUUCCCUAACAGAUGAGAUAAAACGUUUAUCUGUUGUUCAAGUAUCCGGCAAAGUAAAAGGAUUUGAUUUAGUCAUAGGCAAAGGGAACGAGCUCAGACUGUGCGUUGGAGUCAAUAACAAUUCAAUCGAAUUACAUUCUCUGUAUGUGGAAGAGAAGAAUUCCGAAGUAAAACAUUUGCGUUCGAUAAUGGCACAUGGACACCGUACGGAUGUUCGAGCUGUUUGUUUUAGCUCCGACAAUUUAGCAUUUGUCACUGUUAGCGGAGAUUCUGUUAAGUUAUGGAAUAGACCAACACUAGCGUGUUUGCGCACAGUACUGUGCGGUUACGCUUUAACAGUAACAUUUGUGCCAGGUGAUAGACAUCUGAUAGUUGGUUUAAAAGACGGAAAAAUGCUUGUUAUUGACAUUGCGUCUGGCGAUAUUUUGGAAGAAGUGGCGGCACAUUCCAAGGAGCUUUGGAGCGUGACGCUAUUUCCUGACUUGAAAGGAGUUGCCAGCGGUAGUGGUGAUAAAACGGUGAAAUUUUGGAAUUUUGAACUUAUUGAAGAUCCCGAUAAUAAAAUAAAAGCAAAAGUUCUUUCCGUCUUACAUGCAAGGACGCUUAAGCUUGAGGAAAGCGUACUGUGCGUAAGAAUAAGUCCGAAUAAUAGAUUUGUAGCUGUUUCUCUAUUGGACUGUACCAUUAAAAUCUUCUUCUUGGACACAUUUAAGUUCUUUGUGUCGCUUUAUGGACACAAACUACCAGUACUGUGCAUGGAUAUAUCCAGCGAUUCCAUGCUCAUAGCAACCGGUUCCGCCGAUCGCAACGUCAAGAUCUGGGGUUUGGAUUUUGGCGAUUGUCAUAAGUCUAUAUUCGCGCACGACGAUUCCGUCACAGGUCUCUCGUUCGUACAUGGAACUCACUAUUUCUUUACCUCUGGUAAAGACGGUAAAAUUAAACAAUGGGAUGCCGAUAUAUUUCAAAAAAUCACUACGUUACAAGGUCAUGCUGGAGAAAGUUGGAAUUGUUGCGUUUCACCAAACGGCGUUUUCGUCGCAUCGUGCGGUUCCGAUAGAGUAGUUAGAUUGUACGAGAAGACCAACGAACCUUUAGUAUUACAAGACGAGGCAGAAGAAGAAAGGGAACAAUUGGAAAACGAAUUAGUGACCGGAGAAACCACCGCAGUAUUAGGACAGAAACAGAAAGCCUUACCUUCUAGAAAAACGGUUAACAGUGAGAAAGCUGCUGAACUGAUACUGGAAUGCUUGGAAAUAUCCAAAGAAUAUGAGACAGAAUUGAGCAAAGCUGUUUCUGCUGAUAAACCGCCACCUCUUCCUCUGUUAAUGCAGGCUUACGAUUGUACGAGCACAGAAGACUUCAUGAUAGAAACUUUUAAACGAGUUAGGGCAAGUGAAUUGGAAGAAACGUUACUGUUAUUGCCAUAUUCCGCCGCCUGUGAUAUUCUUCAGAGACUUCCUAGCUUAUUAGAAAACGGUUAUCACACUGAACUAUUAGCCAGAUUAGCUCUGUGCUUGAUACAAGCGCAUCAUGGUCCGAUAAUGGCCAAUCAAAAUCUUUUGCCUACAUUGGAGAUUGUGAAGAAGCUUGCUAUAGAAAAGAUCUCUGCCCUAAGAGACAUGGUUGGCUUUAAUUUGCAUGGCAUGAUGUACGUGCAACGCAUUCUCGAGGAACGGGAAGGAAUCCAAUUCUUCAGAGAUGCCACUAAGAAUGUCGAACACAAGAAGAAGAUUAGAAGAAAUAAGGAAAGGGCUGUAAAGAGAGCGAUCAUGAACUUGUAGAUCUUUUCAACAACAUAAGGAACUUUGUACAUAUAUAUGUGGCAUAAAUUUUCAUCAUGUAUUUUAUGUGUACAUGUAUAAAGUAUAAUAAAUAUUUGUUUUUAAUUAUAAA